AUGGAUUAUGCAUAUCCUUCAAGCAACAAUGAGACCAUGUUGGUCUCUUCAAACAGGGAAUCUAAUCGUGAAAAUCUUGAUACAAACCACGAAGAAGAGGGACCUUUGUUCGGGCAGUUUCCUUCGCCUUUCCUUGACGACAUAUCUACUACUGCAAUACUGCAAAACCACCACCCACAUCACCUUAAUACCGAUGGAUGGAAAACAGCCACGGGCAGCCCCACAAACAAGCCUCCGACAUCGCCUUCUAAGACCAAACGUGUAAGGAAGAAAAGAAGUGCUGGGAAGAAAGACAGGCAUAGCAAGAUUCAUACAGCUCAAGGUCUUAGAGAUAGAAGAAUGAGGUUAUCCCUCCAUAUUGCUCGCAAGUUCUUUGGUCUCCAAGAUAUGUUAGGGUUUGACAAAGCCAGUAAGACUAUUGAGUGGCUCUUUUGCAAGUCCAAGAAGGCAAUCGAAGAAGUCACUGAAGGCGUCAAAUCACAAAAUACUAAUCAAAGUGUAAGCAGAGAGAAUAUUGAGAGAUGUGAAUCGCCUUUGUCUGACUGUGAAGUGGAUUCAGGGAUGGAGUUCAAUGCUGCUUCCAGCAAAGGUAAGCAAUUGAAGCUCCAGGAUGAGAUCAAGGACAGUGGAAAUUCAAGAAAGCCAACAGAAAGUGAUCUAUUGGCAAGGGAGUCGAGGGACAAGGCUAGGGCAAGAGCAAGGGAGAGAACAAGAGAGAGAAUGAUGAUCAACCAACUCGAGAAAUCAAAGCAGGUGUUCGGAGCAAACCCUAAUGAUGAUUUUGAGCAACUGCAAUUAGGGUUUUCAGCAAACCCUAAUAAUCACUACAUCGAAGAAUCCUCAAGUUCUCCCCUUGAAUAUCCCGGUAGACAUCACUUCUUUGAGCAGACACAAUUGGAUAAUAUUGGGCAAAAAACUGAGGAUUAUUUGGGGACUACGGCUGCAAGUUCAUCAUCAUAUUUCUCUGCAUACGGUUACAACAAAAAUUUUGCUAACCCGCCAGCUGGUUGGUUAAAUUCUAGUAAUACAUUCUUGGGUUUCCUUGGAGGUUGGGAUUCUGAAACUUUCGCCGAGAACUACGGACUUCUGCCACCAUCGACAGGUGAUCUUCAUGGAAACCUUAGCUCCGUUGUUAUUCCUCCCUCUAAUUUUUUGCAUUUCGAAACUCAAAACCAAAGAGAUUAG